GCGCACUCACGCGGUACACGCCGCCGUGUUGGAACACGGAUACACGGAGUGUUGCCUCGGCCUAUCGUAUUUUGGCGUGUUGUGAUUCGCGUGCAACAUGUAAUCGUGACGACAGGGACCAGAGGAAACACUCGCAUCCGGUGGGAUAGAUUACCCUCCCCCCCUAAGGGGUGGGGUCGCGAGUGAUCGCUGUCAUUUACUGGCUGGCAAACAAGUUGAUAAGUAAUGUUAAUCGCGUGAGGGACAAUCAAAGAACGUAGUCAUGGCUCGACCUAUCAUGCCGAGCCAGCAGAAGCUGGCCGAGAAGCUGACUAUCCUGAACGACAGAGGUAUAGGUAUGCUAACACGCAUUUACAAUAUCAAGAAGGCCUGUGGCGAUGCCAAGUCCAAGCCUGCCUUCCUUUCCGACAAGGCGUUGGAAUCUUCCAUCAAGACGAUCGUCAGGAAGUUUCCCAACAUCGACAUAAAGGGAUUACAGACCAUUAUGAACAUCCGUAAUGAGAUCAUUAAGUCCCUGUCGCUGUACUAUUAUACAUUUGUUGACCUCUUGGAUUUUAAAGACAACGUGUGCGAGCUUUUGACCACUAUGGACGCAUGUGGCGUCCAUAUGGAUAUUACAAUUAAUUUUGAUUUGACCAAAGGAUAUUUAGAUCUUGUAGUCACAUAUGUCAGCCUGAUGAUUCUCCUGUCCCGAGUCGAGGAUCGCAAGGCGGUGCUGGGACUCUUCAACGCAGCUCACGAGAUGGUGCAUAGUCAGUCAGAUCCUAGCUUUCCUCGUUUAGGACAGAUGAUUAUGGAUUAUGAUGCGCCAUUGAAAAAGCUCUCCGAGGAGUUUGUACCACACUCUAAAUUGUUGAAGAAUGCUUUAACCUCAUUGUGGCCUGUAUAUCCUGGUAGAAACUUGUCUGCUGAUACAUGGAGAGCUGAUCAGAAAUUAAGUCUUGUUGGUAGUCCCGGCCAGAUAUUGAAAGCAGCAGCGACAGAUACUAUGUCUUGCGAAACAUUGAGCUUGGAUAGAAUUGAGAGAUGGGUGAUUCUUGGUUUUACGCUGUGUCAUACAUUCUUGAAUCAAGAACAACCAAGCAAGCUGUGGAUCACUGCUCUGGAAUCUGGUUGGGUAUUGGCAUUAUUCAGAGAUGAGGUAAUUUAUAUACACCAGUAUAUCCAAACAUUCUUCGAAGGUAUGAAAGGAUAUGGCAAAAGAGUAUCAGAGGUAAAAGAAUGUUACAAUCAGGCGGUACAAAAAGCUGGUUAUAGGCAUAGGGAAAGAAGAAAAUUUUUGAGGACUGCUCUAAAGGAAUUAGGUUUAAUUUUGACCGAUCAGCCUGGUCUCUUGGGGCCGAAAGCACUGCUGGUCUUAAUGGGACUGUCUCAUGCGAGAGAUGAGGUACUGUGGCUGCUGAGACACGGAGAUAAUCCUCCUAUUCAAGGUAAAGGUAAGGGACGAGGUGGCGAGGAUUUGGUGGAUCGUCAGCUGCCAGAAUUGCUCUUCCAUUGCGAAGAAUUACGAGCGCUAGUAAAGAAAUAUUCUCAGGUGCUUCAAAGGUAUUACGUCCAAUUUCUUUCGGGAUUCGAUGCUCCGGCUUUGCAUCAGAUGAUACAAAAUCUUCCGGUUUGUCCCGAGGACGAGGGGGCUAUUCUUAGUGAUAUGUGUUCAACUAUAGCUAGUCUGACUGUCAAGCAGGUUGAGGAUAAUGAAUUGUUUGAUUUCCGUGCCUUCCGACUGGAUUGGUUUAGGCUACAAGCCUACAUGUCUAUCGCAAAAUGCAAUAUGAAUCUGGCUGAUAAUAGAGAAUUAGCUUCUUUCAUGGAUACAGUAAUCUUCCAUACAAAAAUGGUCGAUAAUUUGGACGAGAUGUUAGUCGAGACUUCCGAUUUAUCCAUCUUCUGCUUCUACAGUAAGAUAUUCGAGGAUCAGUUUCAUAUGUGCCUCGAGUUUCCUGCUCAGAAUCGAUAUAUCGUCGCCUUCCCGCUCAUAUGCAGCCAUUUUCAAAGUUGCACUCAUGAACUCUGUCCGGAGGAACGUCAUCACAUUCGCGAGAGGAGUCUUUCUGUUGUCAAUAUGUUCCUGGAUGAAAUGGCCAAAGAAGCUAAGAACAUUAUUACGACUAUUUGCGACGAGCAAUGUAACAUGAGCGAUAAGCUAUUGCCAAAGCACUGCGCUCUAUUAAUAUCGCAAGUUGUUAACCGCAAAAAGAAGGAUAAAAACAAGAAGAACAUGUAUGAAAUUCACAAGCCAGGCAUAGAGAGUUAUCGGAAGACUCGGGAAGAAUUAACAACGAUGGACAAACUGCACAUGGCUCUCACCGAGCUCUGUUACGCCAUCAAUUAUUGUCCUACUAUCAACGUCUGGGAGUACACUUUCGCACCGAGGGAAUAUUUGCAUCAACAUCUAGAGUCGCGAUUUGCCAGGGCGUUAGUAGGAAUGGUCAUGUACAAUCCGGACACUAGCGAAAUAGCCAAACCAUCGGAACUUUUCGUUAGUGUUAGAUCUUACAUGAACGUCCUACAGACUAUCGAGAAUUACGUGCACAUAGACAUCACGCGCGUCUUCAACAACGCCUUGCUGCAACAAACACAAGAGUUGGAUAGUCACGGUGACAAGACUAUAGCCGCGCUGUAUACACAAUGGUACUCGGACGUUCUAUUGAGGCGAGUUAGCGCUGGUAAUAUUUGUUACUCGGCGAACCAACGGGCCUUUGUCAGCUUGUCGGUGGAAGGUGCCAUACCCUUUAACGCCGAGGAAUUCUCCGACAUCAACGAGUUGAGAGCGUUGGCUGAAUUGAUAGGACCGUACGGUAUGAAGAUGUUGAAUGAGAACCUUAUGUGGCAUAUCGCCAGUCAGGUACAACAGUUGAAGAAGCUGGUGGCAGGCAACAAGGACGUGCUGAUCUCUCUGAGAACGAAUUUCGACAAGCCGGAAGUGAUGAAAGAGCAGUUCAAGAAAUUGCAGCACGUGGAUAACGUUCUUCAGCGAGUUACCAUAAUAGGCGUGAUUCUUAGCUUCCGGCAGUUAGCGCAGUCUGCGCUGGUCGACGUAUUGGAGGAGCGUAUACCGUUCUUGCUAAGCUCUAUAUUGGACUUUAGACAUCAUCUGCCAUCCGGCGAUCCUAUGCGAGUUGUCUCCGAGAUGACAUCGGCCGCAGGUUUGACGUGCAAGGUUGAUCCCACUUUGACGACAGCACUGCGAAAUCAGAAAGCUGAGGUCGACGAAGAUGAACACUUGCUCGUCUGUUUGUUAAUGGUUUUCGUGGCAGUUUCUAUCCCGAAAUUAGCUCGAAAUGAUAACUCCUUUUACAGGGCGUCGCUCGAGGGCCAUUCCAACAAUAUUCACUGCAUGGCCACCGCAAUAAACAACAUAUUCGGAGCGUUAUUUACGAUUUGCGGACAAAACGAUAUAGAAGAUAGGAUGAAGGAAUUUCUCGCUCUGGCCUCGUCGAGUUUAUUAAGAUUGGGCCAAGAAGCGGACAAGGAGGCAACUCGAAAUAGAGAAUCCGUGUAUCUUCUGCUCGAUCAAAUAGUUCAAGAGUCUCCAUUCCUGACGAUGGACUUACUAGAAAGUUGUUUUCCAUAUGCGCUGAUACGCAAUGCAUAUCACGACGUGUACAAGCUCGAACACUCGCAACCAUGAACUUAAGGGCGAAAUUGCGAGCGAGAUGGGGUGCUGCAUUUUUAACUUGCCACUCAGGGCCACCUUUUUACGUCCACUUGUAAUAUCGGAGGCAAUCAUGAAGAAUUUGCUAUACGUCGUUUGGCCGAGCGAUAAUUUUCCGCAUGGAAAUUAGUUUUCGGCUAGUAUCGCUGAAAAAAUACAAGCAUACGUCAGCAUGAAAGAGUGGUAAACAAGCGUACAACAAUUGUUCAAGAAUUGUAAAGUUAUCGACAGUGUACUCGAUAUUUCAAGAAUGGCGCAAGCUUGCGACAUUGUAAUGCACUUUAGUCAUUUUCCUACGUUGCUUGCGACAAAAAACACGCAUCACGUUAAUUUGUACGUAAUCUGUUUAUCACAAAAAAUGUUUAUAUAAUUCGAUUCUACUUUUAUAAGAAGCUUUAUCGAGAAAAAUUAUACGAUGGACAAUUUGUCGCAUCGACUUUCGUAACGUAUUCGAGAUGAAAUAUGCAUUUUGUAAUGUACAAUAUUUUUUGUUAUAUUUGACAUCCGUCUCGAAAUAUUCAUAUUAAUAAUAUAAUUACGUAUCUUAAAUUUUACAGUCGAAUAUUAUUAUUAUUAUACUUUUAUGUCAAUGAAUUUUUCUAUGCACAGAGACGCCUGAUGUAAGCUCUCAGUGAUUUCAAGCUAAAAAUCGCGAUAUUCAUGUAUCACACAGUAUUAUCACUUACUCACUACGAUUUUUUAAUGUACAAUUGUAACUCUUUUACAAUAGUUUAUAUAACAAAUAAAACUAUGUGUAUAAAA